CGACCAAGGGCAACCGAGAAGCACAGCGGCGUAUCAAGUUGCAGAUCCCGACCAAGUGCGAGGAAGGGUGAGCCAUGCCACGGAGAAGUCCCUACAGCUGCCUGGGGUACCUGCUGCUGGUACUCUGGAGCCUGAAGGCUACCCUUGCCUUUCCCAACUCCUCUCCACUGCUGAAUCCCAGCUGGGGGAAUGGGGAUCACCUGAUGCACCUCUACACAGAUACGGAGAGGAACAGCUUCCAUCUCCAAAUCAAUGCUGAUGGCUACGUUGAUGGUGUUCCUCACCAAACCAUUUACAGUGCCUUAAUGAUCAAAUCUGAGGGUGCUGGCUCGGUAAUAAUCACAGGUGUGAAGAGUGGACGCUACCUAUGUAUGGACAUGAAAGGAAACAUUUUUGGCUCGCAUUACUUCAGUCAAGAGGACUGUGUGUUCAACCACAGGACGCUGGAAAAUGGAUAUGAUGUGUACCAAUCUCCCAAACACAACUUCCUGGUUAGCUUAGGCAGAGUUAAACAAGCUUUCUUCCCCGGAAUGAAUCCACCACCAUAUUCCCAGUUUUUGUCCAGGACAAAUGAAAUCCCUUUAUUUCGAUUCAACACACCUGAGCCCCACAGAAAUACUAGAAGUGCAGAUAUUGAUCCAAUGGAUCCUCACCAGAUCCUGGUCCCGCAGAGAAAGAUCUCUGCCUUCGGAUCUCAAUUGCAGCCGCAAGCAGACUUUUCCCACAUACCCAGAGAACCCAUGAGAAUCAACCAGAACGACGUGGUCAACCCAGAUGACCCACACGCGAUGAUGGAUGCCAGGAGGUACGCAAGUCCUCGCUUCUACAUAACAAGAUAACUGUGGCCCCGCCACUUGCAGACUGAAGGGGUGAAUGAAUAUAACUGGCAAAAGGAACCGUCUAGCACACUCAGUCUGAAUGUCAAAAUGGCUAUUAGAAAGCUGAAAGACAUCGGGAAAAAAAUCCUUAUUUCAAAUAUUGUACUUACAGAUGACAAGUUACUGAAAAAACAAGUUGUGCGUUUCCUAGCUGGAGCUCUGUUUAACUGGAAAGAAGAUGCAUUUUUGAAAAGAAUAAUACAAACCAAACAUUUUCAGAUCUGAAUCACCUUAAAUAUGCAUCAGUGAAAAGAAGAAUUCACUCAAGUGAAAUGAGAAACAGAUAUUACAUUACUGAUGUAACUAAGAAGAGACCUGAAGCAUCUACAGUUCCAACAGAGACAGGGAAUCCUCUUAUGAGCAACCACCCCUGGCUGUGCAAGCACAGCAGACAAAUUAUCAUAUAAAAAUUAUGAUGUAUGUUUUUAGCUGUUCAGUAGGAACUUCAGUCUCUUUUCAUGCUCAUAUGAGUCAAAAAGUGACCACUCUGCUGUCAUAGGAGCAGCACACAUGGAAAACUGGAGUAACUGACAGGACAACAGGACAGGACCGGUUUUUGUGUAAAUGGUGUUGUGCAGAGAGUAAUUUCUGACAUUUAUUGAAUCCAAGCUGAGGUUUGAGAAAAAAAAAAAAAAAAAGGACAACAGUCUCACUGUCUCUCAAGUGCUUCUCUAUCACACUUCUACAUUCUCUAAAAUCUAGAAUCACAGUAUGGGUGAUAUAAUGUAGAGACAUUCAUUAGUUUUGCAUACUUCCAACCCAGAGAGAAGUACUGGGAUUACUAAUAAUCAGUAGUAUGUGAAACAGGAUGGGUUUUUUUUCACACUGCUGAACUAUA